AUGACAUCACUCAGCGUUAUCGUGACGGACGGAGGGUCGGAGUCCAUUUCUCCACGACACGUGGCGGCGCUUCAUGCUCUCUUUUUAGUGCUAGCCACCAUCAGCACCAUCACCUUGCGAGCUCCGGUAUGGCUGAUUGGGGCUCUUUUUUACUGCAGCAGGCACCGCCGCGCACUCGUCGGCCGGCGUCUCUUUCCUUCGCCCCUCUGGCGAACGCUACUUGCCUUAUUGGUGACUUCGACAGUCUGCAACGUUGCUGCAAACGUGCUAACGACACUGCAGCGCAACACAACGUGGGUGCAGAAAAUCGUAUGGCAAUUCUUGUUCCCUGUGUGGGCCCUCCUCGGCGUCCAGCAGUGGGACGCUAGGGAUUACGUCAACACGAUGGUUUGCCCAGGCGCCACAACCGUGGUCCUGGGGGCAUAUCUGCUAAUCCUCAGGCACACUCUCUCAGGUCGCGUUCUCUCUCGUAGUGACGGCACGCGCAUGGCCCAGGACAGGUCAAUGCUUCGGCGUCUCCUUUCUCGCUGGGAAGGCACGAGGAUCGCCACUUGUCGCCUCACCACCGGGUCGCUGCUGUUCCUCUUUAGCUGGGUCACCGCCUGGACCGCAGAGCCGAGUGUGAUCGGCUUGUGUCUAGAAGGCCUCACAUUUGUGUUUGCAGCAGUCUUCUUGCACGUCGAGCAUCACAUCCGGCAACCGUCACACUGCGCGGUGCGCAACGGGCCGGGGGCGAAGCGCCAUGUCCCCCACAUAUUCGGAACCGCUGUCGCCGUGGUUCUUGUGUUCGUGUGUGCAACCCAGAACACCGCCUUUCUCUCUGUCACUCAGGCGCACAGUGACUGGUGCAGGCUGCUCGGCAUCGGCCCCGCCGCCUUGGACACUGUUGCAGGUCUUCGCUACGCGAUGCAGAUGCUGGGCAUGGCAGGCGUCUUCCUUGGCGCCACAGCCAUGCACCACGACAUGGCAUCAUCGGAGAGCCCCAUACCUGAGAGCAGCGCCGGCACGGAGACCUCAGCUGACGGUGUGACCUCUCGCCUGCUCCCCGUAGGAAAUCAGCGGCUGCUGCGCACCCCGGUGUCCGACGCGCCUUUGCCAUCGAUGGCUGCACAUGACGGAGGGUUGUGCGACCGUCAACGAUCGAUUCCACAGGUGGUUGCCAUUGUGUGUCUCACAGCUAUCCUCGGGUACGCUGUCUACUACCCUAGUCUCGUCUCGACGGCAGUGUGGCUGCUCCACCUCUGCUGCUGCGCGGGCGGACUGGUACAGCGUCCGCUGGCGCCACCUUCGGCGCUCCGCAUCGCCCUCGCUUCUGUACUGGCCGCGCUGUGCUGCAUGAUUUUUCUACAGUAUGUGUAUCGAAUGCUGGCGGGCAAUCCGCGCACCGCGGCGUGGGGGCAGUGGCCACCAGCAAGGCCUGCGUAUCCGGACGAUGGUCGUGCGGUGGGUACGCAAGUUGUCGCGGAGCAUCUCAUCGCCCUCCUUUGCGGAGUAUACGUUACUGUUGCAGGUGUUGACGACACCGGCGGCAGCAGCAUCGUCAGCAGCACAAGCGAAGGUGCGGAGCCCGCUGCGCAGUCGUCGUCGCCUGUGAACCGCAUGGUGCUCUCAGCCCACGCCGAAGCGCAUCCCGCGGACUCUGUGCAGGUGACGUGGCUGCGCGCACAGCUGCGCAAUGCGGCGGCAAACCGCAGAAAGCUGCGCGAGUUGUUUGGAGUCGCAGUGGGACGCUCGCCGCGCACUGUCGAGCUCGACGCCAUCUGCGCCGCUGCCGUACAGGAGCUAGAUGGCUCCUCACCUGCCGCUUCGCGAGGUGGGCUUACGGCGCAGGAGGUGACCCACCUCCUUGCCAGUGGCCCCUUCUACACCUACGCCGUCAUUCUCUGCAUGUUUGUUCUCGGCACCAGCAGCGCCACCAUUGAUUUUCUUCAUGCAACUUGUCUGGUGGUGUCGCUCGGGGUUAGCGUGAUCGGCAGCAACGCCGUGCUGUACCGACGAGUGCGCACGGUGCCGCCGGUGUGGGUGGCCAUUGUUGUCGGUGUGCAGCUCUGCUACAGCGUCUUCACCGUCAAGGACGAAAAGCGCCCCCAGCAGCAGCAGCAGCAGCAGCAGCGUUGGCUCAUUUCCGCUGUAGCGCAGCCAUCCUUCAUCAAGCUCAGCCUGGGUGGCUAUGCGGGACUCACCCCCAUUGCGUGGGGCGACUGUGCGCCGUACCUCUACGCCCAGCUCGUACUCCUUUGGUGUAGCCGGUACACGCCAAAGUGGCUCACCGACUGGACACAUAUCUCGCAGUGCCUUAUUUUCCGCUGUCGCUGGGCGCGCCUCCUUCACAUAGUGCACCAGGUCGCCGGUGUUGUGGUACUCGCGUGGAUUGCCCUGCUGCUGCCGAGGAGCGCAAGCGUAACGGUGCUCAUCCUCCUCCUCUUCGCUGCGGCCCUCCUGCAGCACCUGCGGUGUCACAAACUCGCGUACGUGUGGCGACGCUUCCUCGUUGUGGGCUACUGCGGAGUGGUGCUCAUGUCCAUGCUGACGGCGGAAUUCGCGCCGGUGCAGCCGUGGCUCUGGAAACUCCUACACGCACUUGGAUGCCCACCAGGGUCAGAGGGGCGCUGCGCACAGGACAUUGGCCUCCCUGCCGACUCCGCCACGUGGCUCACACCACUCUCCAUUCCCUGGUGGCUCGUUAUUGUGCUCGCGACGGCCACCACUAGUCUAUACCCACUACCGAGCUCGUUGCCACCCUCGCCGGAUGCAGCGUCCGCCACCGGUGUACCAGAGGCGUCGACGGCUCGGUGUUGGCGGGCACUUGUGUUGUGGCCGCAGGUACUUUCCGAUGUGCUCUCGCUAGCUCUUCUCGUCAGCAUGGUUCACACUGCCGUGCAGCGACCGAGAAUUCUGGUGGCGCUUUACUUGGUUGGCCCGGGCCUGGGUAUCUUCCCUUGCUGGACUUUUGGCUUGGCAGCCGUGCAUGCUGCACUGCAGUGUGCGUACCAGCUAUGGUUCUCUCCCGCCUGGCUCGACACGCAGACGCGGCUUGGCCUAUCUCCGGCAGAGCUUAUUGGUCUUUGGAGACCCUCGUUUGCGAUGGGCUCUGCCGAGAACCUUCCGCCGACGCUGGUCGUCGCUGCCGCCCCACUGCUGGUUGGUGCCGUUCAAUCCCUGCAGCUACAGUGCGCGUUGCAAGCUCGGUGGAGAGCGCGCAACAUGGAGGCCGCUGUGUCCGGACCGGGAAGGAUCUGGAGCCGGCUGCGGCGGACGUGCGCUACCCACCUCUACAUGCUGCUGCUCUGGGUGCUGCUGUACCUCGCACAGAAAAUCGCUCUGGGCUGGUUGGUUGGCUUACUAGUCGUGGUGGUGUGGGCCUCAGCUGAAGUGCGAGACUGCGGCGUGCUGCAGCGGCGGCGCUGGCUCUACGGUGCGUGCGCGUCGGUCACUGCUGCUCUGAUGGCGCUGGCUUACGUGCUGCACUGGCUACACGCAGUGUUCCCUUCGUGGAGUGCACUUGCAAUGUACCCGUGGUUGUUAGGUGGCGCCGCCAACGGAGGCAAGACAGGGAUAGGGCUACGUAGCGUGUGUUGCACUGCAGCCGCUGCGUGCGCAGUACUCCGAGUGAGUAGCGGUGCGCCGCGUGACGGAGAAAGCGAACAGCUCUUCCGUCACAGCCACGGCCCCAGUUUCAUCGACUGGUUACGGGGCCGCUCCAGGCGGUCGUGCGAAAAUCGCGAAGGCCCUGCAGCGUCGCUGUCUCAAGUGCUACCCGAUGAAGCACAUGAGUUUUUCAGGGACGUCGCUGACGUGUUUCGCUGUGCCGAAGAAAUCGCCGAGGAAGCUGACGUAUUGCUCCUCGCGCCAAGCCAGGCCCCACCAAGCAAGGGCAGUGUUGUCGUGAGCGUAGCGCGCCUGGUGCCUCUGGUUGCAUGUGGUUCCAUCGCCGUCGGCUCCGCCAAGACGUUACCGCCCUGUGUACUGAGCGUGGCGCUGCUCCUCGCUGGCCUGUGCUUAGCGUCG